UACGUAAGUAAAUAAAUUUAUUCUUACACCAUUGCCUUUUGCGUCAAACAAUCCUGUCAAUUCUAAAUCACUUUUCCCAAUAAUGUCAAAUGCUCUCAGAUUAGUCUUUAAAUAUUUACUAGCAUUUUGUCACCGUUCUACCCCUUAAAAUUAAAGUUAGAGCGAUAGAUAGUCCCAGCUUUUUUGCAUAACAUUAAUACAUGAGACCGCAAUUUUAUAAGCACUUCCAUAGCAUUCUGAUACUGAAUUUUUGUGAACUUUGAAACUGACAGGUACCCUGGUACCUGGUAUUUCUUCACCCUGGUAUUUCAUUUUGCGCAGCGUUCUGCCCGGAUGGAUUCAUUUCUAAUAGCCUUUAUAGAGGUGGGAGAUGUCACCGGAGUACUCGAAGGCCCUCGUGUGAAAUUACCUGUACUAGGAUCCAUUCAGUUGCGCGACGAGUAAAUGGAGAUAACACUCAGCAGUCAGCGCACAGGACGUAACUCAGUUUCCGACACCGUGACGAGCCAUGUUGCCCAGUGUUCUGGUGACCUUUCGUAGAGUGGACAAAACGGUGUUGGCUCGAGCAAAACCGGAUGCCGAAGGAGUGGUUAUGGAUAAAAGGUCACAGACAGCAUGAUGGCCACUACACUAUGUUUACCACAAUGCGUAAAUGCGCUCCACAUGCAGAAAUUACCGGACAAGCUUGUACCAGUGCAUAAUGCAUACGGGAGCGUUUCCAAAUUACGUCAGCGGUUUGGAGGAAAAAGGUCUCGCACAUCGGAUGGGAGGAUGGGACUGGCUCCGGAAACGCUACUGAGAAGUACUGGACAAAUUCGGUCUCCUUGGUGUGUGCGCGGGUUCCUCACCAUUAAAGGCAAACGGAUGGUGGAUGUUUUUGAAAUUUGGGAGGAAGUUUUCUUAUUACAAUGGUGGAUUCGACAUUUAAGAACGCGAUGCCACGGUAUCGGCCGCUGUUGACGGGUGCUAACUGGAUGAGCUACCAGAACACGGUGGCAGUUAAGAACGAAGACGACACUUGGUGGCUGGGAUACAUUCAGGACAUAGACAUGGACGGCGAACGCGCCCUUAUUCACUUUGACUCGACGCAGGUCACGGAGCGCUGGAUCCACAUGGGCAGUGUCUGGACGUUGCCAUACUACUGGGAGAGCCUAGCAAUUAGCGACAAAGACGACGAUGACAAAGACAGCCGUGAAUGUUAUGUCGCCUUGCGUGACGAAGAUAACGGUCCGUUCCGCUUCCGACCCGCUUCAUGGCUGAGUCACCUGGUUGGUUGUUACGCCUCUUGCGACUUGUUCAACAUCAUAACGCAGUUGCCAUCCGACUGCGGCAACUGUGACGAAGCCAUGCCAACGGUUAAUUGUGAAAUUGUCGACAAAGCCCAAGUUACCGGUUUUUUGCCGCCUCGGGGUCCGCCUCUGUUGAAGAGACCAAGCGGUCUCCUCUACACCAAACACUUUAUUCCCUUUCCGGAGGCCCACAAUGUUCUGCGCGACGCCUCCGAUAAAUUCCGCAUCAUCAAGCACCUGCGCGACGCUGUUAAACCACCACUCGGGAUAGCGGUGACCACAGUGUACCAGUGCCGCUUUUUCCUGCGUGUGCAGCCAGAUGGGUGCAUGUUUAUUCUGGCCAGUCGCACGUGGAACGCGCGUCGCGCAUGGAACGCGCCGGCUGCCCUGGCUCCGGAAGUCACGUUGGCCAGUGUGCUGCAGACACAUUUAAGCAGCCGGGUUGACCUCCCAUCAAUUGGAUCUCGAAGAGCCCUCCCACAGGAAGCCGGUUUAGAGGGUGAUACAUUGCGAACCAAUCAUCAGCUGACGCCGUCGCUCCUGAGCGAUAUUCUGGCCCAUCUGGACGUGCACUCCCAAAUGCGCGCCAAACGAGUGUGCGCCUUGUGGCAGCAGCUGUUGGAUAGUCCCCGCAUGACGGAGAACGUCAGCAUGACCUUUGAAAGCUGUUGGCAGCUGCAAUCGGACAGCGACAACUGCUUCAAGGCGGCCACUCUCAUGAGCCGCUCCAUCACUUCCGCCACCACCAGCUUGACCGUUUUGCGAUUCCCGUCUCCCGGUAACAUCGGUUUCUUGUUAACGUGGCUGAGAGGCAUGCGAAUCCGGCUGCCAUUAAUAGUUUGCAAAGACCACAUUAGCCGCAAGCCGGAGAACAUCCCACGUCCAUCCCUAAAACCUCUGAAACAUCCGGCCGCACUACUUGCGAUGGCGUACAAAGACGUCUGUCAGGCAAUUGUGCUGUUCAACUGGACCGUCGGCGAUCUGUUUGGACCGACAAUGCACUAUGCAUUCGAGUGUAAGCAGUAUGGGCCGCAAGAGCUGGCCGCCAAUCCGCUGCAUGCAAAUGAGCAAGAACUGAUGCGGCAUCUCACUUUCGAGUCGCGCGAAAUGGACAUUGACAAACUGCAGAUCAGCAUUCCGCGGCUGCUGAUGCGCUGCAGCGAAGGGCGAACGCGCAUGGCUGCGCGCUUUAUGCACGCCCUCAACGAAAACUUCCCGCCGGUCACUGGAGAAAUGCUGGCAAAGGUCACGGCUGUGCAUGCGCGGUGGGUGCGCACUCUGGACUAUCCCGAACAGUGGGAAUCCAUACGCAACUAUAUAUGCUUGUUUAGUGGUUUCCACCCGGAUGGCGCGCUGCAGAUGUGGGACAAUGUGGAUCUGCGGCUGCUGGAUGUAUCCGAAUUAAGCAAACUGGCCAUUUAUGGCAUUAACGAACUCUUCCGCAGUGUGCGAAGCCACAACACCAAGGGAAAAGAUGGAACAGUAUCACCGCAAAACGAGGCAACCAGCAGCUAACAAUUUACCGCGGGUUCGUCAUCGCUGGUUAUCAAGAGCUGCUUCCUUUGUAGGAAAAAUCAUUUUGCCAUGCUCAGCUUUUCAGUUUUGUUCAUUUUUGACGUCUCGUUUUGUAUUCUCUUAAGUGAUGCACUCUGGGUUGUAGGAUAAAUCAUGGGUUUCCGCUCUUCACCGAAAACGUAUUGGUUUAAUAAAC